CUGCAUGCAUUGCACCUCGCGACAAAUCGUCUUUUGGCACUUUCACAACACUGCAAAAUGGCGCGCAAUUCGGAAAAAGCCCAGUCCAUGCUCUUUCGCUUCCGCGAAGCGCAAGCGGCAGACCUGGGCAUCAUCGACGCCGGUCGCACGCGUCGCCCCAAGCGCAUCACCGAGGUCGACUCGAUCCCCUCAUGCGAGAAAUGGCGCGGGCAGGUGCUGCGCGAGAUCUCGCGCAAAGUGUCGCGCAUCCAAGAGCCCGUCCUCAGCGACUACCAGAUCCGCGACCUCAACGACGAGAUCAACAAGCUCAUGCGUGAGAAGCACAUGUGGGAGGUGCAGAUACGAAAUCUCGGCGGGCCAAACUACAUGCGCGGCGGCGGACGCAUAUACGACGAGCAGGGCCGCGAGAUACCCGGCGGAGGCAAGGGCUACCGCUACUUUGGCCGCGCCAAGGAGCUUCCCGGCGUCAAGGAGCUGUUCGAGGCGGCACAGAGCAGGGGCAAGGAGGAAAAGCCGCUUGAGGAGAAAAAGGACCUGAGACGCACCGUCGAUGCAGCCUACUACGGCUACGCUCCCGGCGAGGAGACGGACGAGCUGCUGGCCUACGAGGCGGCCAAGGAGCGCGAGGCUGCCGCCAACCUCAUCAAGAACGGCCCCGGUGAGCCGCCCGAUGGUUGGACAUCGCUGCCCGGCGAUACGGACGGCGAGACGUGGCUGCUGCCCACUAUGGAAGAGGUGCAGGAGGAGCUGCUAGAACGGCGGCGGCAGAAGCUGCUGCAGCAGUUGUGAAGUACGGGUCUGGCACAUCCUCUUCGCUCGGACACGGUUUUGCCUCCAAAGACUCAAUCAGGCCCGCCAUGUGUGGUUGUUGAGGGACUUGCGGGCGAGGUGGAUGGGGGCAUCGGCGGCGGACAGACACAACCGAGAAAGAUGGCUUGCCAGGCAUGUCGUUUGGCACAGGCUCAAUCAGGACGUUGGGCGGCGUUUUGCUGGCAAGAUUUUUUGGAGCGUUCAAGGGAGUUUAUCGGCGUUUAGAUGGCUCAGCUAGGGCAACUACACUUCCGUUUUGUCACAAACAAGCGUCGAUGUGGGCAAGCUGCGGUGUAUGUGGUGGGAAGCUGUAUGGAUGGCCCGUAUCUGGGACUGUCCUACCGGUCUUGAGCGACGACGACGAUCCGUGUCUCAGCAAAGCUCGACAGCCCCAAUCUGACCAAGUGCUGCCACGGCGUGCCAGUCGUCAGACCGUUUCCUUCUACUCUGUACUUUGAUGCGUUAUAGACCGCGCUCAGAAAAGACGGACAACCCGAC